GUUUCCGGUUUCAAAGUUGUCUGCUUUUCAAAGCAUUUCAGAAUAUAUAGCAAUUUGUGGUAAAAAUAAUGUGUGACAGCUCCUCAUAUUUCGAUCCAAAACAUUUUUAACUGCCUUUACUGGUUUGUACAUGAUGAUUGUCUGGAAGGAGAUGAUUGUAUAGAACUUUGUUUACAUCAACAAUAUUUGGAUACAAUAGCAAUGCUUAAGCAAAUAGUACAGACAGUCCUGCUUGUGACAUCUACAGCAGUGGUAAUACCCUACACAACGUCAUUGCUGGGAAGUCUACUGUAUGGCUGGCCUAAUACAAAGAACAAAUAUCGCAGAGCAUUUAGUCCAAAGAAAGUUUAUGCUUUUAAUUAUGCUGUACUACAAAAGUUAUAUACUACCUUAAAAUAUGCAUCUUCCUACAUGAAAUGGAAGAAACUCUACAACAACCUAGAUCCAUUUACUGUCAGAAAGAACAUACCAUAUGGGAGAAAUGAUUGUACUCUAGACUUGUACCAUCCUAACAUUCCACGAAAGGAUGGUGGGGAUAUGUCAAUGCCAGUGGUUGUGUUUGUGUAUGGAGGGGCCUGGUCUUCUGGAGAAAAGACCAUGUAUGGUCCACUCUGUGUAGAGAUUGCAAAUAGACUGAAGGCAGUAGUGUGUUGUCCAAAUUUAUCAAUUUAUCCAAAGGGCUAUGUGGAUGAUAUGAUACAAGAUGUUGUAGACUGUGUGGCAUGGGUUUGUGACAAUCCACAUAUACAUGGUGCUAAUAAGAAUGAUAUAGUACUCAUUGGACAUUCCUCAGGAGCACAUUUAUGUGUGAUGUCAGUUCUAGAAUUGCUAAGCUUAGAAAUUCCAGGUGAAUCUCAGCAAAGCAGGAUCAGAUUUGAUGAAUCAUAUUUUAACAAUAAGCCUCGUUCUGACACACUUGAUGAUAGUUCAGGAUCAUCAGCAUCUUUCUGUGUGGUUAAUGAUAACCAGGAGAAGUCAGUUAUAGCUCCUGUUUCUACUGAAACCAAAGAUAGUAUGCCUAGCUUACCAGAGAGUACUGAGGGUACCAGUUUAACAACCAGUACGUUUGAGAUGGUCAAGUCAGAAGAAGCUGACCUUGAGAGUCAAGAAACUGAUGACAAAAUUAGUGACAAUACAGAAGGAAAAAGUGAAGAAAAGGGAGAUAAUUCACAAAGUAUGGCUAGUGGUGAUACAAAUAAAGGAGAAACUGAACUAAAGUCAGCAAGUCAAACACAGGAUCUUGAAACUAUUAAUAGCAAUGAUGAAAUAGCCAGACCAAAGGAACUGGAGCCACAUGCCACUCUGACAGAUCUUAGUAAAUCAAUUAAAGUAGUCAUAGGUUUGGCAGGAGUGUAUAACAUUAGUGAUCACUUUGAACAUGAGUCAACAAGAGGUAUAGAAGACAUAUCUUGUAUGGCCAGAGCUAUGUAUGGACAAGAAUAUUUUGAUAGAUUUUCACCAAUUGUGCUAUGUAGAACAUUAUCACCCAAUGCAAGUGCUCCUUGUGUACUACUGUUACAUGGAACAGAAGAUUAUGUUGUACCAGUAACGUCGACAACCAAACUAGCUGAAGCGUUACAAGAUAACAUGAUGGACGUCACCGUGAGGAUUAUUCCCGGUUGUGAUCAUUAUGAAAUCUGUCUGGACAUGAUGUUACCCAAGUCUAAGUUCUACAAACCAAUGAUUGAUUUAUUGUUAGAAGUUACAAAUAAAGUACUAAAUAGGAAAAUUAUUGCCUGGUCAGAUUCUAAUUGAUGUUGACCAUUGUGUAGGUGUAUUUGCAUUGGUAUAUAUGUGGACAAUAUUUACAGAUGUGGUAAUGUAUAUGCAUUGUAUUUCAUUCCACAACAAAUUUUAAAAAUGUAUUUCCAACAAUUGAUUUCUAUGCACAGGCAAAAUACACAAUCAUGAAGCAGUUAAAAAUUGACAUUAAUAUGAAAAAAAUGUGGGUAAUUGUUUUUGUUUAGUGACUUGAAAAGUCAAAUUUAACUUAGUAUGAUUUUUGAAGAAAAACAUUGCAUGUUUGAUUUUUGUUUAUCAAACACUUUUAAAAUACAUUGUAAGCCUUAAGUUUUUAGGCAUGGUCCACUGAAUUUGAUGUAAUUAUACUGUUCAUGACAUUUAUCUGGUAACUUACUAGAUGUACUUCAAAAGGGAUAUCCACUCCCACAUACAUCCAGUUAUAUCACAGAUAAUUCACCAGUAAUUAUAGUAUAUAAUUUUGCUUAUGUGUACUUGACGAUACAUUUCUGUGUGUUAACGUUUUUUGUUCCUCAUCAUUCAGAUUUUUUUUAUGUUGUCAACUGCAGUACAUCCAAGAUCUUACAGAAUAUUAAGACAUUUGUUUGUCGCUAUUUGCCAUUUUUUCAUGAUCAUCUGUCCAUACCAAAUUAUUUUCUGUGAUUUAGUCAUGAUCAUGAAUAGUUUUUGAUACACAAUACUGUGGAUUCAUUAUUAUUCGUUGGAUACCAAUUUUCGUGGAUUUCGUGGGAACAGUUGAACCACGAAAUUAAAUGUUCAACGAAUGACAAAUUUUCUUAUGGCUUGUAUGCAGACUUCGGCAAAAACCACGAAAUUAAAUAUCCACGAACAUGUAAGUUUUCCUCAAUCCACGAAAAUUGGUACCCACGAAAAUAAAUGAAUCCACAGUACUUAACAUCAUGCAGUAAACACGUAUGAAUUCUUUCCAAAGUUUCCUUUAACAUUGAAUAAAGUAAAGUUUUACCAACUUUUGUCUAUGAAGAAAACAUUUUGUCUGUAUUGCCUUAAAAUAUAUUAUUUCUUCUUUGAAUAUGAAUCCUACAUUAUGACUAACUCAUGU